AUGUCGCGCCGCUCGCGCCGCGGUGCCGCCAACGAUGCGGCGGGCGCGGGUCUUGCGCCCGAGGGCUCCCUUCCCGUCGACGGCUCCUGGCGCAUGGUCGAGGGCGAGCACGACAGCUUCGACACCACCAUCCUGCCCUCGUCGCUGCCCGCCGACGACGACGACGACAUUCUGAUGCCCCUGUCGAGUGGCCAGCCGUCCUCGGGCUUCCCCUCACAGCUCUCUACCGGCGGCGGCGGCGCGGGCUCGUCAUCGCAGUCGCAGCCCGGCGGCGCGGCCUCCCAGGACAGCAUCCGCGACUUUGCCAAGCACCAGGAUGACGAGCAGGUUAUCUUGCGCGAGCCGUUCCGCCCCAGCAUGGUGGUGUCGCGGCGCAGCAGCGCGCAGGGCAGCGGCAUCACGUAUCGCACGCCCGAGCCGCAGUUUCGCAUGCCCAUGGUGGACGUGGUGGGCAAUGGCGGGAGGAGCAGCAGCGGCAACAGCUCGCGCACCAUUCGCCCUUACGGCUGGGCUGCUGCCGCCGCCGACGAGGACGAUGCGACCGACGACAGGUCGUUGCGCCGCCGCGCAAAGGGCGCUUCAUCCCUCGGCAGCCCGUCGUCAAAGAGCAGGACGGCGGGGGCGCGUCGCCGCGGCGCCAGGAGGGAUUCCUUUGACGUGCAUGACGACUUGGACCACAAGGCGGCCAGGCACCGCCGUGGUAGCCGCACGCAAGAAGGCGGCGGCACCCUCGAGGCGAUUAAGAGACACCUGCUCGCCGCGCUCCCAUCCACCGUCUACAGACUGCUCCUCUGGGCCGGCGAGGUGGUGCUCAUCGCCAUGAACUACGCAAAGUACCCGCUCGGCGCCCUGCUCGCCGUCUAUCUCGUCUUUGGCGGGCUCAUCGUCGCGCAGAACAUGGCCACACGUUCGCUCUACGCGGCCGUCUCGCCUGUGUGCCGCGUCCCCGGCGCCUCGCUGCUCGGCCUGCCGUUUUGUCCGCCCUCGUCGUCAUCAUCAUCGGCGUCGUUUCCCUUAUUCCCCAACGGCACAGCCAAGCCCCACCAAAACGUCGAGUUCGACGACCUCAUGGGCGUGCAGUCCAAGUUCGAGCAGGUGCUCGAGAAGAGCGCCGACGGCGUCUCGCUCCCCUUUGAGAUGAAGCGCUCCGAGGCGGCGGUGCGCGACCUCCGCAGCCUCGUGCGCCACAGCGAUAUCCAGGCGCGCGGCGAGCUGGUGCUCGAGUUCGACGGCUACAUCGACACGGCGCGCCGCGCCGCUUCGGACCUGCAAAAGUUCAACACGCACGUCGGCUCCGCCGUCGACGCCGUCAUCUCCAUCAACCGCUGGACGUCGCGCUACAUCGACUCCCUGUCGCCCGAGGCGCUCGACGGCGCGCCCUCGGCCCUCUCCGAGUGGGCUGCCUGGUUCUUCUACCCCUUCCAGCCCGCCACGGCCGACGACGAGCCGUUCAGCGAGCGCGCCAUCCUCGACAAGUAUAUUGAGCACACGGCGCUCGUGUCGGACCGCAUCGCCGCGCUCAUCCUCGAGGCGCAGGGCAUCCUCCGCCUCCUGACAAAAGCCGAGGACCACCUCUCGCUCAUCUACGACAUCACGUCGCGCUCCUCAUCCAGCAUCGCCUCGCGCCGCGACGAGAUCCUCUGGACCGUCUGGACCCUCGUCGGCGCCAACUCGAAGCGCCUCCACAACCUCGCCCAGCAGCUCACCCUUCUGCGCCAGGUCGACGCCCAGCGCUCCUCGGCCGUCGAGCAGGUCAGCGCCCUGAUCCUCGAGCUCGAGGGCAUCCAGGCCGGCCUCGGGGACCUGCGCGACCGCGUCGCCGACCCGGAGCUGGCCGCCGUCGCGGGCACGAGCACCGCCGCGCCGCGCAUCCCCCUGAGCGUGCACAUCGAGACCAUCGACCGCGGCGUCGAGCGCCUGCAGGGCGCGCGCGCGAGGCUGCGCGUCGCGGAGGAUGAGCGCGUGAGGGACGCCAUGGCGAGGGGCGGUAUCAAGAGCGACGAGGACCGCCUCAUUGACGCGCGCGGACGCUGA